UAUGAUCAGGGCGCCCUCAAGGGGCAGAAUUCCUGGCAAUCCGAUCCUGUACCGUGCGCGCUUCCAAGUAGUUUUUAUAGCUCCAUGGUUUUACUCAUUUAGUAAUUUUCGGUUGAGUUUUCUCGUUUUAUACCAAUGCUGUCCUUGACAUCAGUUGUCCUUGCAAGUGCAGCGCAUUGGCGACUUGGCAGUGCAGCUCUUUCGGCGGUGAAAAUGGCUCAACAAAUGCACACGACGGGUGCGAAUGGAAGUAAAGUUGCUGUUGUAUUGUCAGGCUGUGGUGUUUAUGAUGGCAGUGAGAUUCAUGAAGCAUCGGCUAUUCUUGUGCACCUGAGUCGGGGCCAGGCAGAUGUGUCCAUCUACGCUCCAGACAUUGACCAAAUGCACGUGAUUGACCACAGCAAGGGACAACCUGCUGAAGGACAGACAAGGAAUGUGUUGGUGGAGUCAGCUCGCAUUGCACGUGGCAAGAUCUCGCCCCUCAGUGACCUGGAUGUUGCUUCCCAUGAUGCAGUUGUUUUCCCAGGAGGCUUUGGGGCUGCCAAGAACCUCUCUACCGUCGCCAACGAUGGCCCUAACUGCACAGUGAACUCUGACGUAGAAAGGGUGUUGCGCGAGUUUCAUCAGGCCAAGAAACCAAUCGGGCUGUGUUGUAUUGCCCCAACUCUUGCCGCCAAGGUCAUUCCUGGCUGCGAGGUCACCGUGGGCCAAGACAAGGACGACGGAGGGAGGUGGCCAUAUGCUGGAACAGCCGGCGCCAUUGAGCAGAUGGGGAGUAAGCACAUCAACAAGAACGUCGCAGAGGUCCAUGUGGAUGCAGCCAAUAAGAUCGUUACGACGCCGGCCUUCAUGUGCGAGACCAAACUUCACGAGAUAUUUGACGGGAUCGGGGAGAUGGUGAAGAAAGUACUCAGCCUUGCGAAGUAAUUGAAAUUAUCGAUACCCAAACGAAACUCAAGACACAAUGUAGCCAUUGUAACACUUUGGGAGCUAUGGACUCUGUGCUGAAGAACCCCCUCAUUGGUGAAAACGAGAGAGGUGCGAAGGACCACUCGGAUGCCAUCUUGCUCUCAAUGUGUGAGCACGUUGGCUGAUCAUGAUCUAUCUGUAUGUAUGUUCACAUGUACAGGCUCGACAGUUUACAGUUUUAAAGGCAGGACGUAUUAAACGGGCCAGGUACCAGAUCAUCCCCCAUCCCUGCUACAUUCUACAACGACAAGAGUGCACGAAUCAGUAAAGUGCAUUAUCAUUGCUAGUUGAAACAGCGUCCUCUCUUGUUCACACAUUACAGAGUCCAUUAUUUAAUAAGGCUUGAAUUUGAAUAAAGCUUACCGUGUUUGAAAAUAGGUAUUACUCGGGA